GGGAGUGUGCAGAAUCACAUUCCUCUCUCUACCUCCUGACUCUCACCUGCUCAGACUCUGUCAGGCUGCUGGGGGGGACUGGUCUGUGCUCAGGCAGACUGGAGGUGAAGUCUGACCAGUCUAACCAGUCUAACCCGUCCUGGUCCUCAGUGUGUGAGGCUGACUUUGACCAGCAGGAUGCUCAGGUGGUCUGCCGGCAGCUGGGCUGUGGGGCUCCUUCAGUCCUCCAGGGGGCGCUCUAUGGAGAAGGGGAGGCUCCAAUGUGGACCAAAGAGUUCCAGUGUGGAGGCAAUGAGUCUGCUCUCCUGGACUGUAGCUCAGCCUCAGAGAGAAACACCUGCUCACCUGGCACAGCUGUUAGCCUCACCUGCUCAGAGCCUGGUGGUGUUAAGCUGGAGGGAGGAGAGAGUCGCUGUGCAGGAGACCUGGAGGUGGAACAUCAGGGAGAAUGGAGACCAGUGGGGGGCUACCCUCCCUGGACCCUGAAGACAGCAGGAGUCGCCUGCAGAGAGCUUGACUGUGGCUCUGCUGUUUCUGUGGGACGGAGAAAGGAGUCCUCAGAGAGACCUGUGUGGAGGAUCAGAUCUGACUGUGUUGAGUCUGGAUCUGCUCUGAGGGAGUGUGCAGCAUCACGUUCCUCUAACUACCUCCUGACUCUCACCUGCUCAGAUAAGCUGUUUCAGCCCAACAUAUCUGUGUCCUCCUCCAUGUACGGGGUCUCCGGGGCCCAGCAGCAGGGGUUCCAGGUGUUCAGAGGCUUCACCUUCACCAUCAGUUGCUCCAUCCAGCCUCAGUACCCAGGAGGCUCCUUCCUGCUCAGCUCCUCCACUCACAACUACACCCAGCCAGCUGUCAAUCACUCUGCCCACUUCCUGUUCUCGGCUGCAGAGCCCGCCCACCAGGGAAGCUACAGCUGUGUUUAUGUCUCUGCUUUUUCUCAGGACUUCUCCUCUGAGAGCCGUCUGCUCUCCGUCACCGUCACAGGACUCCAGGCUGAAGGAGAACACAACUCAACAGAGCCUGGUGUUAGGCUGGUGGGAGGAGAGAGUCGCUGUGCAGGAGACCUGGAGGUGGAACAUGAGGGAGAAUGGAGACCAGUGAGGGGCUUUCUCUGGAACCUGAAGGCAGCAGGAGUCGCCUGCAGAGAGCUGGACUGUGGCUCUGCUGUUUCUGUGGGAGGGAGAGAGGGGUCCUCAAGGAGACCUGUGUGGGGGAUCGAUCCUGAAUGUGUUGAGUCUGGAUCUGCUCUGAGGGAGUGUGCACAAUCAUCUUCCUCUAGAGACAUCCUGACUCUCACCUGCUCAGACUCUGUCAGGCUGCUGGGGGGGACUGGUCUGUGCUCAGGCAGACUGGAGGUGAAGUCUGACCAGUCUAACCAGUCUAACCCGUCCUGGUCCUCAGUGUGUGAGGCUGACUUUGACCAGCAGGAUGCUCAGGUGGUCUGCCGGCAGCUGGGCUGUGGGGCUCCUUCAGUCCUCCAGGGGGCGCUCUAUGGAGAAGGGGAGGCUCCAAUGUGGACCAAAGAGUUCCAGUGUGGAGGCCAUGAGUCUGCUCUCCUGGACUGUAGCUCAGCCUCAGAGAGAAACACCUGCUCACCUGGCACAGCUGUUAGCCUCACCUGCUCAGAGCCUGGUGCUGUUAAGCUGGUGGGAGGAGAGAGUCGCUGUGCAGGAGCUCUGGAGGUGGAACAUCUGGGAGAAUGGAGACCAGUGGAGGACUACUCUCUCUGGACCCUGAAGGCAGCAGGAGUCGCCUGCAGAGAGCUCGACUGUGGCUCUGCUGUUUCUGUGGGACUGAGAAAGUCGUCCUCAAGGAGACCUGCGUGGAGGAUCAGCUCUGACUGUGUUGAGUCUGGAUCUCCUCUGAGGGAGUGUGCAGCACCAUAUCCCUCUUCCUCCUUCCUGACUCUCACCUGCUCAGACUCUGUCAGGCUGCUGGGGGGGACUGGUCUGUGCUCAGGCAGACUGGAGGUGAACUCUGACCAGUCUAACCAGUCUAACCCGUCCUGGUCCUCAGUGUGUGAGGCUGACUUUGACCAGCAGGAUGCUCAGGUGGUCUGCCGGCAGCUGGGCUGUGGGGCUCCUUCAGUCCUCCAGGGGGCGCUCUAUGGAGAAGGGGAGGCUCCAAUGUGGACCAAAGAGUUCCAGUGUGGAGGCCAUGAGUCUGCUCUCCUGGACUGUAGCUCAGCCUCAGAGAGAAACACCUGCUCACCUGGCACAGCUGUUAGCCUCACCUGCUCAGAGCCUGGUGGUGUUAAGCUGGAGGGAGGAGAGAGUCGCUGUGCAGGAGCUCUGGAGGUGGAACAUCUGGGAGAAUGGAGACCAGUGGGGGACCCUUACUCUCUCUGGACCCUGAAGGCAGCAGGAGUCGCCUGCAGAGAGCUCGACUGUGGCUCUGCUGUUUCUGUGAGAGAGAGAGAGGAGUCCUCAGAGAGACCUGUGUGGAGGAUCAGACCUGACUGUGUUGAGUCUGGAUCUCCUCUGAGGGAGUGUGCAGCAGCAUCAUAUUCCUCUUCCUCCUUCCUGACUCUCACCUGCUCAGAUAAGCUGUUUCAGCCCAACAUCUCUGUGUCCUCCUCCAUCUACGGGGUCUCCGGGGCCCAGCAGCAGGGGUUCCAGGUGUUCAGAGGCUUCACCUUCACCAUCAGUUGCUCCAUCCAGCCUCAGUACCCAGGAGGCUCCUUCCUGCUCAGCUCCUCCACUCACAACUACACCCAGCCAGCUGUCAAUCACUCUGCCCACUUCCUGUUCCCGGCUGCAGAGCCCGCCCACCAGGGAAGCUACAGCUGUGUUUAUGUCUCUGCUUUUUCUCAGGACUUCUCCUCUGAGAGCCGUGUGCUCUCCGUCACCGUCACAGAUCCAGGACCUUUUAUCAUCCGAGCUGUCGUCCUGCCGCUGACUCAGCUGCUGGUGCUGCUGGUGACCGUCGGCCUUUACUUCUACUGUAAGGCCACCAGGGGGCGGAGGCCGAGCCGACAGGAGGACAUUGAGCUGGAUUACCUGGGUGUUCCUGCUGAAGAGGAAGGAGCUCAGGGAGCAGAGUAG